CAUCCUCCACGUGCUUGCUUUCAGGUGCGCUUCCUGGAGCAGCAGAACAAGGUUCUCUCCACCAAGUGGGAGCUCCUGCAGCAGCAAGGGCCUUCAGGACCCAGGAAGAACCUGGAUGUCAUCUUUGAGAAUUACAUCCAGAACCUGAGACGGCAGCUGGACUCCAUUCUGGCACAGAGGGGACAGCUGGAAUCUGAGCUGCAGAACAUGCAGCAAUACGUAGAGGAUUACAAAAACAAGUAUGAGGAAGAGAUCAACAGGCGCACAACAGCUGAGAAUGAGUUUGUGGUGCUCAAGAAGGAUGUGGACACUGCCUACAUGACCAAGGUGGAGUUGGAAGCCAAGGUGGGAGCACUGACCGAUGAAAUUAACUUCUUGAGGGCCAUCUAUGAAGAGGAACUGUCUCAGAUGCAGACAAUCAGCCGGGACUUGUCUGUGGUGGUGUCAAUGGACAACAACCGGCACCUGGACAUGGACAGCAUCAUCGAGGAGGUCAGACGUCAGUACGAGCAGAUUGCCCAGAACAGCCGGGCUGAAGCUGAGGCUUGGUACCAGAGCCAGUACGAACAGCUACAGAGCACAGCUGGGAUGCAUGGGGACAGCCUGCGCAAUACCAAGAUCGAGAUCCAGGAGCUGACCAGGAAUGUCCAGCGGCUGCGGGCUGAGAUUGAGAACGUGAAGAAGCAGAACCAGCAGCUGCAGGCAGCUAUUGCUGAGGCUGAGGAGCGGGGUGAGAUGGCUCUGAAGGAUGCCAGGGUGAAAUUGGAAGAGCUGGAAACUGCUCUGAGCAAGGACAAGGAGGAGCUGGCUCGCCUGCUGAAGGAGUACCAGGAGCUGCUGAACAUUAAGAUUGCCCUGGAUGUGGAGAUUGCCAUGUACAGGAAGCUGCUGGAGGGAGAGGAGAACAGGCUGUGCAAUGAUGGAAUGUCCAACGUCAAUGUCUCUGUGAUAGGCAGGACCACCAUCUCUGGAGGAAGAGGAGGCAUGGGAGGAGGAUUUGGAGGCAGCGGAAUGGGAGGAGGAUUUGGAGGCAGCGGAAUGGGUGGAGGAUUUGGAGGCAGUGGAAUGGGAGGAGGAUUCGGAGGCAGCGGCAUGGGAGGAGGAAUGGGAGGUGUAUGUGGCUCAGGAGGAGGCUUUGGAGGUGGAAGCUCUGGCGGCAGCUGUGGAAUUGGAGGAGGAAUGUACAGCGGAGGCUUCUCCUCUGGAAGUGGAAGGAUUUGCGGCUCUGGGGGUGGCAACUUCAGCUCCGGUGGGGGAUCCUCCUCCAUACGGAGAUGCGUCACAACCACCUCCGUCAAGUCUUCAGGAGUGAGGUUCUGAGCCCUGAAGGCCGACUGAGAAAGAAACCAAGCAUGUCCUCCCUUCCCCCGGCAGCAGCCCAGCCUCCUUAAAUCCAUCUCCGAUACCCCACCAUGAAACAAACUGUGUCCCUCAUGGCCAGCAUGAGCCAGCUGGUCUACCUGGCUUGUUCCCAGCACGGGAGCCUGGUGGCCGUGACACACUGCUCAACAGCCUCCUACUCAGUGAAGAAAUAACAGUCUGAGCAAAG